AUGGAAGCUGUAAUGAUGCAGUCGCCAGCGUCGCCAGCGUCGCAAAUCAGUGCCAACCUCGUCGCCAACACAGAGAAGCGGCUCGCGUGCGGAACCAUCGCUGCGUACUCCGCGCCACGCAUGCCCUUCUCCGCCAUUGACCUACUCAUCCGCCCGGCGCGGAUUACAGUGUACCGCGAUGCGCUGGGCAUGACGAUCGCCGCGCAGGCGAUGAUCGUGUCUCUCUGCAAGUCGGCCGACUUCCUUCUGGGUUUCAUGCUUGGCAAGCUGUCUGACGCGACGCGCACGCGCUGGGGCCGCCGGAAGCCGUUCAUCGCUCUCUGCAGCCCAGUCUUCAUGAUUUGCACGCUGCUGCUCGGGUCGCCGGGCUGGUUCUUCUCGCGCCCGCACAGCGCCGACGGAAAUUCGACCGUCACCACAGUGUCGGAGGCGUGCGCUGCCCUCGUGGACAGCUCGAACCGCAGCAGCUGCGUCGAGCUGAAGGCGUGCAUCGACGCUGCCGUCGCGUCGUCGACGCUGCGCCCGUGGAACGCGACGGACGGCAACGCGGACGGCGUGGCGGCCGCCGCCCCCGCUUCGCUCAGCGCCUACUUUGGUGUCCUCUACUUUUUGUACGACGCGCUCGGCAUGGAGCUAACCUCGGACUACCACGAGCGGGCGCGGCUGGCGCGCCUCUUCGGCGUCAAGACGGCCUUCCAGUUCAUGGGCUACCUGCUGCAGAUCGGGGUGCGGCUGCAGGCGGUCGCAUACUCAGCGCUGCUCGGCCUCUGCUUCGCACUGCUGCUGCGCUCUGUCGCUGAGCGGCCCGCGCAGCGUAGAUGCGCACGACAGCUGCCGCUGAGGCCGCCCAAGCACGCGCCGCUGCCGAUGGUGCCUGCGGUGCGGCAGCUGCUUGCUAACGGGCCGUACCGGCAGUACCUCAUCUUCAAGGUGCCGAUGACGAUCGCGUCGCUGCUGCCCGCAAACUUGAUCAUCGACUACAUCAAGUACUCGAUGCGGAUCGAGGACUUCAACGCUACCUACUACGUCGCCUUCGCAAUCGUCCUGCUCUGCGUCUUCGGCAAGAAGGAGGUUCUCGCCACCACUUGCGUGGUCGAGGCCCUCCUCUUCGCAGUCGCCUUUGCCAUCCCUCCCGGCGCGAUGGCGGACGGGCCGCUCUACAUCCUCUGCGCUUGCGUCGGGUUCGGGAUGGCCGCGUCGUACGUGCUGCCCGACGCACUCCUCGCAGACAUCAUCGACUACGACGAGCUGCACACCGGGCUGCGUUCCGAGGGACUGUAUACGGUCGUCGAGUCCAACCUCCAGCAGUAUGCCGAGAUCGUCGGCGGCGUGGUCCCGUCGCUAGUCGCCUACUUUGCGGGCUUCCAGAGCCUGGGCGGCUGCUCCUGCGGCUGCGGCGCCAAGUGCGACGCGGACUACUUGCGCUGGAGCUGCCCCGCCGACGUCGGGCACGCCCGCGCCGCUGGGCUACGCCGCACUCUCCUUGGCCCCUCCUCGACCCUUCCUCGGAGCUCUAGGUACGCCUGCACCGACGGCUUCGGCGCAACGCUGCUCUACGGGGAGCCAGACAGGGCCGCGCCGUGCACCGUGCAGCCGGAGGGCGUGCAGUGGUCCUUCCGCGUCUUCUUCCUCGCCGUGCCGGCCGCGUGCUACUUGCUGGCUGCGAUCCCGGCGCGGCCAGAUCCCCAUCUCGCAGCCCACUCGGAGCCUUCCCGGAACCCGCCCGGCACCUUCCAUGCGGCAGCGCCGCCGCCGUACUUGGCGACAGACCCGCUGACAGGCCGACAGGUGCGGCUGCCUGGCCACCGCGCCACGGACGUGUUCGAGGCGCACUUCUCGAGCGGGGAGCGCGCGUUCGCGCGGCGGCGGAACGAGCCGCUGCCCGCGCUGCGCUGGCUGCUGCGGGUCCGGCUCGGCGUCUGGUCUGCGAUUGUGGCGUGCUUGGUCGCGCUCGUCGCGGUGCUCCACGUCGUCGGCGCCGAGCUAGUCUUCACGACGGUGGUGACACUCGGCUGCCUCGGCCUGGCGGGCGUGACGCUGCUUGUGGCGUGGGACGCCGCGAGGCUGCGGGCGACGUGGGGCGCGGCGGCGGUGACGUGGAGCGCCGGUGCCCGAGAGGGCGCCAUGGGCAGGAAUAAGGUGGAGUCGGGCGACAGCAUCGAACUUGACGGGAGCAAUGUCGAACCGACACGCCGGUGGCGGGACUUGGCAAGCGACACGCCGGUGGCGGGAUUUGGCGAGUUCCGAUAG